GCCGCCACAGAUACAGUUUUGUAGCAUCAUAGCAUUGGGUGUUGUCUUUCGUUUUAAUUGAAGUUUGUUUAAAUGAAUAGCUAACAAUGCUGCACAGAAACAGUGAACGUAUGUUUCUAUUAUUAUUUAGUUUGUUCUACCUUCAUGUACAUGCUCAGAAUCUCAAUAAUACUGUUAUAUGGUGCACAAUAUCAGAAGCUGAACAAGACAAGUGCAAUGCAUUUUCAAGGGCUAUUGAUCGUGAGAUAACAUUCUUUGGACGGUUCUAUGUUUCUGUGCAAUGUAAGCAAGCGGCUAGCAAAGAAGAAUGUGUGUCUAUGCUGGAUCAGGAGAAAGCACAUAUAACAACUUUGGAUGCAGGAGAAACUUUUAUAGCAGGAAGAUAUCACAGUUUAAUACCAAUUAUGCAAGAAAUAUAUGAAAGCAAUGUGAACUAUCAGUUUGCAGUCGCAGUUGUAAAAAAGGGAUCUUUGCAAGAUGUUCAGAGUUUACGAGAUUUGAGGGGGAAAAAGGCCUGUUUUGCUGGUCUUGGAAUGCUUGCUGGAUGGGUUAUUCCUAUUCAUACGCUUAUGAAACAAGGUGGACUGGAAAUAAUUGAUUGUAACAAUCAUGUUAAAUCUGCUAUAAAAUACUUUGGACCUAGUUGUGCAGUUAAUUCUUUAAUAGAUAAAUACAAUCCAUUAGGUGAUAAUUCUGAUCAAUUGUGCAGCCUAUGUAUUGGUAAAAUACCUGGUGGAAGAUGUACAAGUGCAGAUCCUUAUGCAGGAUAUGAAGGAGCAUUUAGAUGUUUAGUAGAAGCAGGAGAAAUUGCAUUUUUAGUGCACACAACUGUAGAUGAAAUGACAUCAACAACCUUUGACUUUAAUUCCAUUAAGAAAGAACAGUUUGAGCUGCUUUGUGUAGAUGGUACUCGCAAGAAUAUUGAUGAAUAUAAGAUUUGUAACUGGGGGGUAGUACCGUCGCGUGCGGUAGUUGUAUCAUCUGCCACGAGAAUAGAAACUCGUCGAUUAUAUCAGCGGUUUCUAGAAAAAGCAGCUGUAAUACUGAAAAAAGAUAAUGCCAAAAAUUCUACUGAUUUUUAUGACAAUCGCUUCGAAAAUAGACCUGGUUUUAAUAACAGAUUUGGUGAUAAUUAUUUCAAUACCAGCGGAUAUAAUAAUCCUAAUGAGUACAAUACCGAGAAUUUCGAAGGUCGUAAUGGAUACGAUAGAAGUUACAACGGUAAUGGGCUAACUGGAUGGGACAAGGCAGAAUCGACGAAUAUACAACCGAUAGAGACGUUUAAUUUAUUUGAAUCUGCGCCAAGAUAUGGAAUACAACAUAACCUACUUUUCUCGGAUUCAGCACGAGACUUUGUUCAACUGGAAGAGAAAGAUCAAACUUAUGCUGGGUACUUAGGCAGAGCAUUGAAUCCCAUACUAGAAGUUCGUCGCUGUACCGUGAACAGAAUGACAUUGUGCGUUACAUCUGAUGCGGAAAUGGAGAAGUGUGUAGAAAUGAAGAUAGCAUUAAAAGCACAGCUAUUAAAACCAGAAUUAAAUUGUCAUAAAGGUCAUAGUCAAAUUCAUUGCAUGCAGGACAUACAGAGCGGGAUCGCCGACGUAACAGUAUUGGAUACUAGCGAUGUAUACACUGCUGGUUUACGUUUCGAUUUGAUCCCAUUCAUCUCUGAGGUCUACAACUUACCUACUCCAGAAUACUAUGUAGUUGCAGUGGCGAAAGAAGAGGACGACAAUACAGAUUUAACUUAUUUGAAGAACAAAUACACCUGUCACACCGGAAUUAACACGGCUGCUGGUUGGGUCUACCCUCUGGCGUAUCUUAUCUCCAACACUUGGAUUAGGGGGUACGGUUGUGACUCGGUUCGAGCUGCAGCCGAAUAUUUCAGUAAAUCUUGUGUACCAGGAGCGCUCAGCACCGAGUACAAUACAGGAGUGCCUUACGAUAACAUGUGUGACCUAUGUCACGGAGAAAGCUUCCGGUACUGUCGUAGGGACGCGUCGGAAGAUUACUUUGGAUACACAGGUGCCUUUAGGUGCUUAGUGGAAGGAGGUGGAGACGUGGCUUUCGUAAAGCACACGACAGUCGCGGAAAACACGGAUGGGAAACGAAAGGAGACAUGGGCGCGUAACACGUUCACCAAAGAUUUCGAGUUGCUCUGCCCCGACGGUACUCGUCGACCAACUACCGAUUACAUCCACUGCAAUCUUGGAAAAGUCGCUGCGAACGCGAUAGUAACCCGCGGAGGGUAUUACGGAUACAACGAAACGCAGACGAACGCUUACAUAAACUUGUUUAUCUAUGCGCAACAGUUUUACGGAAGGAAAGAACAGGAUGAAUUUAGCUUCAGUAUGUUUUACAGUAAGCCUCCUCACAGCGACCUGAUCUUCCAAGACGCUACGCAACAGCUGGUGGUAGUGCCGUCGGAAAAGAGGGAGUACAGUGCAUAUCUAGGUCCAGAUUUCAUGCGGGCUCGAAGAAUCGUUGACUGCAAUGCCGGCGCGUCCGCUAUAGAGCAAUCGAUAUUAGCUACAGCUGCUAUGGUUCUACUCACUUACGUGUUCAGUAGAUAAACUUUAAUAGAUAUCUUUUCUAUUAAUGAAUCUCUAUUAUAUAUAUAUGUAUAUUGAACAACAGAUAGGUAGAAUUCCGACAGGAUCAAAGAUAUGCUUUAGUAUACCGCUAAGUUUGCAGGUUAUAGUUUUAUAAUAUCUAUGUGAAAUGUGUUCACAGAUUGAUUAUAUUUUAUAUAUAGACGCCUUGUUAGAUGACUGAACGUGGCAAAACAAUUUCUCGUAGCAUUUUUAUUUAAACGCUACAGCGAUAGUUUAUUGUUAGCUUAAGAGCUCCAGACUUUGAUCUGAUCCGUCCAUACUUCGAAGUUUUAUAGUAAUUGUAAGAUUUUAACGUACGAAAUAGUUUACGCGUGCCUUAUGCCGUCCAUUACCAUUUUUUGUACAU